AUGUUGGUAGGAUUUCUCCUAGUUUGUGCAACCGUGCUGGCAAAGGACAGCGGGAAGGACACAUGCUUCCCGGGCUACACCCUCAACACUGACACGAAGCAGUGCACCAAGGACCCAGAAGCGCCGUGCAACGUCGAGGGCUGUGAGACCUGCGUGGAGGGCAACGCCCAGCAGUGCAAGACGUGCCGUCCGGGCUACACCAUCAACACUGACACGAAGCAGUGCACCAAGGACCCAGAAGCGCCGUGCAACGUCGAGGGCUGUGAGACCUGCGUGGAGGGCAACGCCCAGCAGUGCAAGACGUGCCGUCCGGGCUACACCAUCAACACUGACACGAAGCAGUGCACCAAGGACCCAGAAGCGCCGUGCAACGUCGAGGGCUGUGAGACCUGCGUGGAGGGCAACGCCCAGCAGUGCAAGACGUGCCGUCCGGGCUACACCAUCAACACUGACACGAAGCAGUGCACCAAGGACCCAGAAGCGCCGUGCAACGUCGAGGGCUGUGAGACCUGCGUGGAGGGCAACGCCCAGCAGUGCAAGACGUGCCGUCCGGGCUACACCAUCAACACUGACACGAAGCAGUGCACCAAGGACCCAGAAGCGCCGUGCAACGUCGAGGGCUGUGAGACCUGCGUGGAGGGCAACGCCCAGCAGUGCAAGACGUGCCGUCCGGGCUACACCAUCAACACUGACACGAAGCAGUGCACCAAGGACCCAGAAGCGCCGUGCAACGUCGAGGGCUGUGAGACCUGCGUGGAGGGCAACGCCCAGCAGUGCAAGACGUGCCGUCCGGGCUACACCAUCAACACUGACACGAAGCAGUGCACCAAGGACCCAGAAGCGCCGUGCAACGUCGAGGGCUGUGAGACCUGCGUGGAGGGCAACGCCCAGCAGUGCAAGACGUGCCGUCCGGGCUACACCAUCAACACUGACACGAAGCAGUGCACCAAGGACCCAGAAGCGCCGUGCAACGUCGAGGGCUGUGAGACCUGCGUGGAGGGCAACGCCCAGCAGUGCAAGACGUGCCGUCCGGGCUACACCAUCAACACUGACACGAAGCAGUGCACCAAGGACCCAGAAGCGCCGUGCAACGUCGAGGGCUGUGAGACCUGCGUGGAGGGCAACGCCCAGCAGUGCAAGACGUGCCGUCCGGGCUACACCAUCAACACUGACACGAAGCAGUGCACCAAGGACCCAGAAGCGCCGUGCAACGUCGAGGGCUGUGAGACCUGCGUGGAGGGCAACGCCCAGCAGUGCAAGACGUGCCGUCCGGGCUACACCAUCAACACUGACACGAAGCAGUGCACCAAGGACCCAGAAGCGCCGUGCAACGUCGAGGGCUGUGAGACCUGCGUGGAGGGCAACGCCCAGCAGUGCAAGACGUGCCGUCCGGGCUACACCAUCAACACUGACACGAAGCAGUGCACCAAGGACCCAGAAGCGCCGUGCAACGUCGAGGGCUGUGAGACCUGCGUGGAGGGCAACGCCCAGCAGUGCAAGACGUGCCGUCCGGGCUACACCAUCAACACUGACACGAAGCAGUGCACCAAGGACCCAGAAGCGCCGUGCAACGUCGAGGGCUGUGAGACCUGCGUGGAGGGCAACGCCCAGCAGUGCAAGACGUGCCGUCCGGGCUACACCAUCAACACUGACACGAAGCAGUGCACCAAGGACCCAGAAGCGCCGUGCAACGUCGAGGGCUGUGAGACCUGCGUGGAGGGCAACGCCCAGCAGUGCAAGACGUGCCGUCCGGGCUACACCAUCAACACUGACACGAAGCAGUGCACCAAGGACCCAGAAGCGCCGUGCAACGUCGAGGGCUGUGAGACCUGCGUGGAGGGCAACGCCCAGCAGUGCAAGACGUGCCGUCCGGGCUACACCAUCAACACUGACACGAAGCAGUGCACCAAGGACCCAGAAGCGCCGUGCAACGUCGAGGGCUGUGAGACCUGCGUGGAGGGCAACGCCCAGCAGUGCAAGACGUGCCGUCCGGGCUACACCAUCAACACUGACACGAAGCAGUGCACCAAGGACCCAGAAGCGCCGUGCAACGUCGAGGGCUGUGAGACCUGCGUGGAGGGCAACGCCCAGCAGUGCAAGACGUGCCGUCCGGGCUACACCAUCAACACUGACACGAAGCAGUGCACCAAGGACCCAGAAGCGCCGUGCAACGUCGAGGGCUGUGAGACCUGCGUGGAGGGCAACGCCCAGCAGUGCAAGACGUGCCGUCCGGGCUACACCAUCAACACUGACACGAAGCAGUGCACCAAGGACCCAGAAGCGCCGUGCAACGUCGAGGGCUGUGAGACCUGCGUGGAGGGCAACGCCCAGCAGUGCAAGACGUGCCGUCCGGGCUACACCAUCAACACUGACACGAAGCAGUGCACCAAGGACCCAGAAGCGCCGUGCAACGUCGAGGGCUGUGAGACCUGCGUGGAGGGCAACGCCCAGCAGUGCAAGACGUGCCGUCCGGGCUACACCAUCAACACUGACACGAAGCAGUGCACCAAGGACCCAGAAGCGCCGUGCAAUACUCCCAACUGUAAGACCUGUGACAACCCCAAAACAGACAACGAAAUCUGCACUAAAUGUAAUGAUGGCGACUACCUCACCCCUACAAACCAAUGCGUACCUGACUGCACAGCCAUCAGCGGAUACUACGGAGAUACUGACAAGAAGUGUAAGGCAUGCAACCCUGAGUGCGCUGAGUGCGUUGGACCGGCCAACAAUCAGUGCACGGCCUGUCCUGUUGGGAAAAUGCUUCAGUAUACAGAUACUAAUACUCCUGUCAAUGGGGGCACGUGCAUGGACCAGUGCAGCGUGAGUUCUACAAACGAUGGAUGCGCAGAGUGUGGGGCUCAGAUAGGAGGAACUGCAUAUUGCUCAAAGUGCAAGAACACUCAACAAGCCCCCUUGAACGGCAACUGUGCGGCCAGUUCACGAGUAGCCUUCUGUGCAACAAUCACAAGUGGGGCCUGUACAAAAUGCAAUGAGGGUUACUUCCUCAAGGACGGCGGCUGCUAUCAGACAGAUAGACAGCCUGGUAAGCAGGUGUGUAGUAAUGCACAGGGAGGCAAUGGUAAGUGUCAGACAUGUGCCAAUGGCUUAGCAGCAAGUGAUGGCAACUGUGCAGAAUGUCAUUCUACUUGUGCUACGUGCUCGACUGCAGAUGCGGCUGACAAGUGCAAGACCUGUGCCACUGGGUAUUACAAGGAAAACGGUGACGAUACCACUGCUGGGUUAUGCAAGAAGUGCUCAGAGAAGAUCUCUGGAUGCAAGCAAUGUGUGUCGUCAUCUGGCAGUUCAGUCAUAUGCUUAGAAUCAGAAGUAGGCACUGGUGGAAGCGUCAACAAGAGCGGCCUCAGCACGGGGGCCAUAGCCGGUAUCUCUGUUGCUGUGAUUGUUAUUGUAGGUGGUCUUGUCGGAUUCCUUUGCUGGUGGUUCCUCUGCCGCGGGAAGGCGUAG